AUGCCGCUGCAGGAGGACACCCUCCGAGAGGUGUGGGCCUCCGACAGGUCCGAAGCCCCUGUCCCCUCAUCAUCCUACCCGAACCCUGGGGUCCCCUAUGGAAGCGGGCACGAGGAGGAAGACCGGAGAGCAGAGGUCCAGGGGCUCCCGCAGCCGCUCAAGAGAUUAGAAGUGUCGGGCAGCUUGCGGGACCCCUCUCUCCCUCUCCCUCCUUCUGGCCCCCCACUCAGCAGCGACCCGUGCGGGGACAGAAGCCGAGGAAGAAAAAGACCGAAGCCCCUGAGUCUCCCCGCCCGCCGAGAUCGCGGCCCCCAAGACCUGGAGGUGGGGGGACAGGGUCCGCGGGCGCCCCCCGGCGAGGGACGUGGAGGGGACCCUGGGCGCGCGGAGCGGGGAAUCGGGAGGAGGGGGCGGCCGCGGGAGGACCCCGCCGCGGAGCCGGCCGAGCGCAGGGCGCGGCAGACCGAGCGCGCCCAGUUCCUCAGGGACCCCGAGGCCCGGCGGCGCGACCCGCGGGGAACCUGCCUGGCGGCGGGCGCCGGGGACGCGGAGGACGACCAGGAGGAUGAAGAGAAAGAAGAGGAAGGAAAGAAAGAGAAAAUCCCUCUGUCCCCCAAAGAGAAGGCUUCCACAGAUAUCAAGAAGAGGGUCAAGGCCCAGGGCCAGAGGGGGGACCUGGGAAGCCCUGUCUGCCCACCAAAACCUCUGCGCGCUAAGAAGGAGGUGCCGGUGGAGGAAGGGACCGAGCUGAGAAAGAUCAAGAAAAAAGGCUCUGGGGAGGCGGACAAGGACCCCUCCGCAAGUCCAACCAGAGUAAGGAAGAAGGUGCCAGCAGCCAUGUUUCUGGUUGGAGAGGAUGGUCCACCCGAGAAAGCUUUGAAGAAGAAAGGUACUCCCAAAGGCUUAGAAGGGAAGAGGAAGAAGGAAGAGGACGAGGAGGGAGAGCUGGCAGCAGGAGUGACCAAGAACAGCAAUCAGAAGGGCAAAGCGAAAGGAAAAGGCAAAAAGGUUGGGAAGGAGGACAGAGUCACGUCCCCACCAGUGGAAGUGGGUGAACCCCAGGAGUUUGUGCUUCAGCCUGCCCCCCAGGGCCGGACGGUGCGUUGCCGGCUGACCCGGGACAAGAAGGGUAUAGAUCGGGGCCUGUACCCCUCCUACUUCCUGCACCUGGACACGGAGAAGAAGGUGUUCCUCUUGGCUGGCAGGAAACGGAAACGGAGUAAGACAGCCAAUUACCUCAUCUCCAGCGACCCUACCAAUCUGUCCCGUGGAGGGGAGAAUUUCAUCGGGAAGCUGAGGUCCAACCUCCUGGGGAACCGCUUCACAGUUUUUGACAAUGGGCAGAACCCGAAAAGAAGAGGUGGUGCGGAUGUGGGGAGCCUUCGGCAGGAGCUGGCAGCUGUAAUCUAUGAAACCAAUGUGCUGGGCUUCCGAGGCCCCCGGCGCAUGACUGUCAUCAUUCCCGGCAUGAAUGCGGACAACCAGACGGUUCCCAUCCGGCCCCGAAAUGCCAGGGAUGGGCUGCUGGUGCGCUGGCAGAACAAGACACUGGAGAACCUCAUCGAGCUACACAACAAACCACCUGUCUGGAACGAAGACAGCGGCUCCUACACCCUCAACUUCCAAGGUCGAGUUACCCAGGCCUCAGUCAAGAACUUCCAGAUUGUCCAUGCUGAUGACCCCGACUACAUCGUGCUGCAGUUCGGCCGCGUGGCGGACGACGCCUUCACCCUGGACUACCGGUACCCGCUGUGCGCCCUGCAGGCGUUCGCCAUCGCCCUCUCCAGUUUCGACGGGAAGUUGGCCUGCGAGUGAUCCCGGUCGCCCCCCAGGGUCCCCAAAGCCCGCCAGCG